CAGUGCCGUCACAGCCAUCCAAGUCUGGAGACAGUCUCUCUGUUGAGGCUCAGGGAGUAGUCAUUGGACCUGAUGGCAUUGCUGGGUGGGACAAGGUGCAGGAUCUGGCUGCUUAUUUGGUAGGUCUUCGUUAGGCUCCUUACCUCACUGACCUGCAGGUGACAGAGGCCAUCCAGCUGUGGACAGCUCUCCUGGAUGUUGAUAAACAGCGCAUCAACUACCAGCCUCGACAUGAGCCUCAGCUGACACAUGGGCGCUUUAAGGCACCAAAGCGCUCCGGAGUCACUCCAGGUGUGGAGAGCGUCAAGCGCUGUCUGAUUGGACAUCCUGAGGGUCCAGCACAGUGGCCUAGCACCAGCCGCUUGGUUGAGGCCAUUUGUACAAAGCUGUGUGCCGUACACAAGUCCACUUCCAAGAAGGCUGGUGUUCGCACGCACAGGUGGUCUAAAAUACUGACCGAUUACCACCACAUCCGGGAUCUGGUGCUUGGCAGUCGCAGGCUGAUGGAUGAAACAGUGAUCCAGCUUUUUGAGCUAAAUCAGAAGACGCUCAUUCAGUGGUUUCAACGGAGGCAAAAGGAUCAGGAAAUGAGUGUACUCACUCAGGGACUGACUCCACUUGAUCCAAUUGCUGUGGCAGAUACGCAGCUUCCUUUGCCGAGGGGAAAAUUGGACGAGGCACCGACAACAUCAGGCCCCAAACACAAGUUUGUCUUUCCUCCAAAUAAAGAAGGACAGGCACCUCUUCUUCGACCUGGUCAAAAGUCUGCUUCUGCAACCACCACAGUUUGCUCCUUCCUGCCGGAUGUCACCACGGUGUGCUCCUUUCCACCGGCCCCCACGACGGUAUGCCCAAUCACGCCAACCCCCACCACAGUCUGCCACAUUGCACCAGCCCCUACCAUGGUGUGCCCCGUCACACCGACCUUCACCACAGUGCGCCCCAUCUCGCCAGCCUCCACCACAGUGUGCCCCAUCAUACCAGCCUCCACCACAGUGCGCCCUAUUGCGCCGGUCCCCACCACAGUGCGCCUCAUUGUAUCUGCCCCCACCACGGUGUGCUCCUUUCCACCGACCCCCAGCACGGUGUGCCCCAUUGCACCACCCCCCACAGCACCAGAUGUUGUGCAGCCUAUUUCAGGACCUGGAUCAUUGUUUGGCACACUUGUUUUUAACCCAGACAUGAGUGUGUCAAUGGUGAUUCCAUCAUUUGCUGCACCAACAUCCAGUGCAGUCCCAGCUUCACCUGCACCUGCUGUUCCUCCACCUGCACCUGCUCCACCUGCACCUGCUGUUCCUCCACCUGCACCUGCUCCACCUGCACCUGCUGUUCCUCCACCUGCACCUGCUCCACCUGCGCCUGCUGUUCCUGUGUCCCGUUACACCCAGAGGAACAGGCGCAGACGGGAACAGGAGAAGAAAAGUGUUUGCAGCAAAUGUGGGCAACCAAAGACUAAGGAGUUUGGCCAUAGCCGAUUUGUCCUUAGAGGACUGGUUGGCAGAACAGCGCCAGCAAAAUAAAGGACAAACUCCAGCUCCAGAAUAAAGGACAAAUUGCUGUAUAUAUUUUUGUAAAUGUUACAUGGGU